UCUUCUUCUAUUUACCAUUACUUUCUUAUGUAUGACUAACCUCUGUUUGGUGGUGCAGGAGGAGAAACUGAAGCGGCCGCUCUCACACAUGCAGGCGUGGGAGAUCGCCCAUACGCGGAAGGACCCCAAGCCUGGCGAGCCCAAGUACUACGGCAAGAAGACCGCGCAUAGGAAGAAGGCCUACUCCGAUGGGUAUCUGGCGUUACAUCCUGACACACCUGACCCCAUUGCGGCGGAUCUGGACGAAAGGGUGGUGGUGGGCAUGGGGCCGAAGGAGCACGGUCGGGAGGCGGUUCUCGAUGCUGUGAUCACUCCGUCUAUCUCCUACACACAGCUCCGUCGGAUCGACCCGACCCUGAGCCAGCGCACGAGCACGCGCAUGAGCAGUUCACCGUCACUGUCCCUCUUUCAGGAGCAGCAAACUGCCUACAUGGAGUACACACGCCAGGAGACCAUGGCGUGGCACGACCGCCUUCAUGCAUACCAUCAGCAGAGGGAUCGCGAGAUGCAGCACGCUUUUCAGGAAAUGGCGGCCGGCAGGUGUCCUCAAUGGCCAUCAGCAGAGGGUCCUCCAGCACAACCAGUGCUGCUGACCUUUGAGGAGUUUGUGGCACAGAACGCUGGCCCCUCGCCGGGAACAGGUGCAUCUACCGUUGGCGGUGGUCUUCGCAACACUCCCGAGACACGGAGCCCGACCACUCCGAUCCACGGAGACGGAGGCGGAGGCGGACGUGGAGGCGGUUUGGCGGUAGCGCUGCCGCUAGCAGUGACGACCUGGGCUUCGGCGGUCUUGGCGGUGACGACCUCCGCGGUGCUCGACGUCCUGGCGCUUAAGCCUUUCGGGCACAUUGUGCCGGUUCUCGAUGCUAUGAUACUUGUAUGCUUGUGAUGUUUCUUAUCUUAUUGUUGUUUGUGAGAUUCUUAUAUGCUUUGUGGUGAUGAUACUUAUAUGUGAUGCUUUGCGAUGCUUCUUAGCGAUGCCAAUUUGUUGUGUGAUGCUGUGUAUAUGCUGUUUGUUAUAUAUGCUGUUUGUUAUAUAUUCAAAUGAAUUGAGCUGAAAAGAAACAGAAAAAAGAAAAAAAAACUGGACAGAAUCUAUGCCG